AAUUACUAAUAUUGUCUGUUUAUACUGUGUAUUUAAGAAAAAUUAAAUCAUAAAAAAAAUAAUAUUUCUACUUGUGUCAUGCGUGUCGGUACAUUAAUUAUUGACUUGUACUCUGUAGCGUUUUAUUUAAAUAGGUUCCGUUUAUAAAUUAAAUCUGUUUUUAAAUCGAAUAUGGAAAAUCGGAUAAUAUACUACUAUAAUUUACAACUACAUAUACCGUUUUGGACGAGGCUUUAAUUUCCUUAAUGAAUCAUACGAACAAUACCGAUUCGUUCCAUACGACUAAGUACGGGACAAUGUCGCAACAUCGAAAGUACGAACCGUACUCGGAUAAAGAGGAUUCUAUACCGAUUGGAUCACUUAAUGUAUUAUCAGCUAAAUACGAGAGUUUGGAUUAUGAAGUCGUCGAAAACUACAUCUAUCGAGAUGAAGAACGAAAAAAAGGUUAUAAAUUUGUCGUUAAGAAAAAUUUUGCUCGGUGGGUCACAUUCUUUUGGAUUGGGUUGUUUACGGCUACCAUCGGAAUUAUCAUCGAUAUAUCUAUCGAAGUGAUUUCCACUUUCAAGUUUGAUCAUGUCAAAAAAAGUAUCGACAAUUGUAGCCAAAAUAAUUGCCUAUGGCGGCCAUACCUUAUGUUGUUGGCUUUUAAUAUUGUUCCAGUUUUCAUCGGAUCAAUAUUGGUUGCUUAUGUUGAACCCGUCGCAUUGGGAUCUGGUAUUCCUCAAGUUAAAUGCUAUCUGAAUGGUGUGAAAAUACCGCGAUUAGUGAGAAUCAAGACUUUGUUUGUGAAAGUUAUCGGUGUCAUCACUACGGUGGUUGGUGGAAUGUGUGGCGGAAAGGAAGGUCCGAUGAUUCAUGCGGGAGCUGUUGUGGCAGCUGGCAUUUCUCAAGGAAAAAGUACAACUUUCAAUGUUGACUUUGGAGCGUUUAGUUAUUUCAGAGAAGACCACGAAAAGAGGGAUUUUGUAUCUGGGGGAGCGGCAGCGGGUGUCGCGGCUGCUUUUGGUUCACCAGUCGGUGGUGUAUUGUUCAGUUUGGAAGAAGGAGCUAGUUUUUGGAAUCAAGGGCUUACGUCGAGAAUUUUUUUCGCUUCGAUGAUAUCUACUUUUACGCUCAAUUCCGUCUUAAGCGCAUAUCAUGGACAUCCGGGUGAAUUAACUUUCUGGGGAUUGUUGAAUUUUGGGAAAUUUACCGAUUUUGCAUUAUCGUAUACAAUGUUUGAGCUGCCGAUUUUUGUUUGCAUGGGAAUUUUCGGCGGACUGACCGGAGCGUUGUUCUGUCAUCUUAAUUAUAGGUUGACUGUUUUUAGAAUGAGGACAUUAAUCAGUCCUUGGAAAAAAGUAUUAGAAGCGGUUUUCGUUUGUGCGUUUACAGCGACCAUAGGUUUCUCGCUAUCUUUAUGGCAAAAUGACUGCAAACCGAUAGGACUCGAUCCAACAAGAGUUCCCGUUCAGUUAAACUGUAACGAUGGAGAAUAUAGUUCUAUGGCGUCGCUGUGGCUUCAAAUCCCUGAAGCAUCUGUCAGAUCCUUUUUCCACGAUCCAGCGGGAUCAUUUGAUAUAUCUACAUUGGUUUUGUUCGCUCUUACAUACUAUUUCCUAUCGAUUUGGAGUUACGGACUAAGUGUGAGCGCAGGUUUGUUUAUACCUAUGUUGGUCACAGGAGCAGCAUGGGGACGACUUAUCGGAAUUGCCGUCCAAAGUAUUUAUCCGGAUUUGGACGUCGGAAGAUACGCACUAAUUGGUGCUGCGUGCCAACUAGGUGGUGUUGUUCGUAUGACGAUUAGCCUUACGAUUAUUCUGAUUGAAGCAACGGGCGAUAUAACAUUUGGUCUGCCGCUUAUGAUUUGCCUGCUUACAGCCAAAUGGAUUGGUGAUUAUUUUACCGAGAGUAUUUACGACAUUCACAUUCAAUUGAGUGGAAUACCGUUGAUGGCUUGGGAUCCACCGCCGUUAUCUUCAAAUAUUUAUGCUAGUGAAGUGAUGUCUCAUCCUGCGACGGUGUUUAAAUCAAAAGAAACUGUUGGCAAGAUAGUUGAUACUCUUAAAAAAUAUACCUAUAACGGAUUUCCGGUAGUCGACGAUAUCUAUGUUACUGAAUCGGAAGAAGGUAAUUAUAAACCAAAUGGUCGUUUGCGUGGUUUGAUACUUCGAUCUCAGCUCAUCGUCCUGUUACAAAACAAAGUAUUCAACGAGGCACUAGAUGCUUGGGACAACGUAACUCCAACGACGUUCAGACACGACUACCCCAGAUAUUCAAAAAUAGAGAAUAUUGAGGUCUUAGACAGUGAGCGAAACUAUACGGUUGAUCUGUUAAGAUUUAUGAAUCCGUCCCCAUACGUUGUGCAGCAUAUGGCGUCUUUACCAAGGAUAUUCCGCCUAUUUAGAGCGAUGGGAUUAAGGCACAUUGUCGUGGUAAACGACUCAAACGAGGUUGUCGGGGUCGUUACUCGUAAAGACUUGACUCGUUACAGAGAAUGGAGACAUCGAGGUCAAAUCGGAGUAGUGGAACUUAAAGUGUCUGCUAAAUUGUAGAAGUAGUUGUUUAUGUCGAUAAAACAUGUAUUUAUUCAAAAACAUUGACCUAAAGUUAAAAUUGUUACCAAUUCAAUUAUCAUAUAUAUUAUUAUUUUAUAGUUAUCGUAUUCUUAUAUACAUUAUCAGAAAACUAAAUUAUUAUUCUUUUACAUAUAAAUAUAAUUAUUCCUACUGUGAUAA